UAUGUGGGAGGGUGGUGUGUACAAGAAGUAACUGAAGAAAGCUAGCCUCGACAUCCAUUACACACCCUGCCUGCCAGACUACGUGGGUGAAUUAUCAACUUUUGCAGUGUUCACUACAUCCAUCCUUCACCACCAUGCCAGUCAAGGGAGGGACGAAGUGUAUCAAAUACUUGCUGUUUAUCUUUAACUUCAUAUUCUGGCUUGCUGGAACGGCUGUGCUUGCAAUAGGAUUAUGGCUUCGAUUCGAUGGUCAAACGAAAAGUAUGUUUGAAUCAGAUACAAACCCAAGUUCGUUCUACACUGGAGUUUACAUCUUGAUCGGAGCCGGAGCACUUAUGAUGUUGGUUGGAUUUCUGGGCUGCUGUGGUGCAAUUCAGGAGUCGGAGUGCAUGCUUGGACUGUUUUUUGCCUUCCUCCUUGUUAUUUUCGCUGUUGAAAUUGCUGCAGGAAUAUGGGGAUUUGCAAAUAAAGACAAGAUUGUUGAAGAACUGAAAUCAUUUUAUACGGACACUUUACAACAAUAUCAAAAUACUCAAGAGAAUUCCAAAAAGGAAGCUCUGAAAGGAACUCUGAUUGGAAUCCACAAGGCUUUUGAAUGCUGUGGAGACAAAGGAACGUUGAAUCCUGCUACGUUAAGUGAAAUAUGCCCUGGUGAGAACGGAAUCCUUACUGCUUAUACAACUCAGAACUGCCCUGCAGCCAUUGAGAAGGUUUUUAAUACCAAAUUACAUAUCAUUGGAGCAGUAGGAAUUGGAAUAGCUGUAAUCAUGAUAUUUGGCAUGAUCUUCAGCAUGGUUCUCUGUUGUGCAAUCCGAAAUAACAGGGAAAUGGUAUAAUGGAGAUUUGUAUAGAAACAUUAAUAUGGGGGAAUGACUUCAUAAUGUUCCAAACCUCAUUUUCUAAGAAGUUGUGCUAUAUUUUUGUUUUUCUUUUAAUGCAAUGUUUGCUUUCCUUUUUUAUGUUUUUGCUACUAUAAGUCUAAAUUGUAAACCAAUGAUACAAGGUACAUGAUUUGUUGAUGGGUUAAAUACACACAAAUAUAUAUAUAUUGUAUAACUACAAAAGACUGUAUUCAGUGUACCCAAUUUAGAUUAAUCGGUUUGCUUUCUUAAAAUCCUAAUCAAAAUAUAACUUAUGUUGAAUAUAAUUUGGUACUUAAUUAAAA